AUGACGGCUUACCGUCAUAUCAGGGCCGACUUGAGGAACAUCCAAAAGCUGCCGUAUCGAGCAUUGAUGCCUCAAUUCCAGCAGCAGGUUGAUGCAUUCGUCGAGAAGGUGUACUCAUCGUUGAAGCCCAAGAUGAUAGGAGGGACAGCUCCCAACGGAUCAAUGCUCACCACACUUGCUCAGGAAUAUGUCAACGGCAUAAACUCUAGUGCCGUGCCCACUAUACGGAGUGCCUGGACAAACGUUGUUGUCAGAGAUGCGGUCCAUGUGUACCGAGUCACGAUGAAUGAGGAUGUGAUGCAAAAGCUGCUGAUGUCAGAGAAGGAGUUCCGAGGGAAGGACGAGCGUGUUGUCGAGCUCGAGAUGAUGCUGGAGGAGGCCAAACAAUGA